CCCGGAACUUCCUCCUUCGCAGGGUUAUUUUUGGCAGCGGCAGCAGCAGGUUGUGUAAGGAAGGACAUGUGAGUACGCAACAUUCUGCAUUAUAUAAAAAAGCGCCUGCCAGUGAAAAUGUCGAACCUUUCAGCAGCCAGUGUUGAGACUGCACCAGCAAUAGAAGGGACAGAGAAGAAGAAGCCUUUAAAACCGUGCUGUGCUUGUCCUGAGACCAAGAAAACAAGAGAUGCCUGCAUAAUUGAAAAAGGAGAAGAAAAUUGUACAAGCCUCAUCGAAGCUCACAAGGAAUGCAUGAGGGCGCUUGGUUUUAAGAUAUAACGCUAUAAUAAUGUGAUUGAGUGAAUGUUUGUGUCUGGCUGUGUGAGUUGGGACCUUGUGUGAUCUUUAUUUUUAUUUAUACUUUUACACUGUGUAAGGCACACGCAGUGCUGAAACUGCUGAAAUACGUCUCAGAGGAAAAUAUGGUCUUACUUUAGUCUCUUUUUUUCCAUAUGUGAUUGUUACAUAACCUUAAGAUGAAUAAAGAUCCUAGGCAAGAUA